AUAAACAGACACGUCACAGAGAAUUCCAUUCUCUUCUUCGUCUCAAAGUCUACAAAGCGUUGAAGACAACCAACCGAAGGAGCGGAGCGGAGCAGAGCAGAUCAGAACUCCAUUCAGCAAAGGGGAAACAUGAGUACUGAAUACGAUUAUCUGUUCAAACUGUUGCUGAUUGGAGACUCUUCCGUGGGAAAGUCUUGCCUUCUUCUCAGAUUCGCCGAUGAUUCAUAUGUUGACAGUUACAUUAGCACGAUUGGAGUUGAUUUUAAAAUUAGGACUGUGGAGCUCGAGGGCAAGACAAUCAAGCUCCAAAUUUGGGAUACUGCUGGCCAGGAGCGUUUCCGGACUAUAACAAGCAGUUACUAUCGUGGAGCACACGGGAUUAUUGUUGUCUAUGAUGUAACUGAAAAGGAGAGCUUCAACAAUGUCAAGCAAUGGCUGAAUGAAAUUGACAGAUAUGCAAAUGAGAGUGUAUGCAAACUCUUAGUCGGAAAUAAAUGUGAUUUGGUGGAGAACAAAGUUGUGGACACAGAGACAGCAAAGGCAUUUGCCGAUGAGCUUGGCAUUCCUUUCCUUGAGACCAGUGCCAAAGACUCCAUCAAUGUGGAGCAUGCUUUCUUAACCAUGGCUAGCGAGAUUAAGAAAAAAAUGGGCACCCAGCCAGCUGGAAACAAGAAAUCGGCUAACACUGUUCAAAUCAAGGGACAGCCAAUUGAGCAGAAGAGCAACUGCUGUGGCUAACAUUGCUGUGAUUUAGUUUCUGUUACUGUAAACAACAUUGAACAAAAGUAGUUAAAAUGUAUCAGUAUAUUGUGUUGUGGACACUGCACAAAUGGUCUCACAAUGUUCUCUUCAUCCCUGUAAACUGUGUGACAAUUGUUGCCAUCUGUACAUUGCUCCGAACAUGUAUUGGUGACUUUCAGCCUGCAAAAUCAGUGCAAAUGAUGUUUGUAUUACACU